AUGGCGACCGCAACACAAGCCGGCAGCGGGGUUGCAAACCAAGCAUUCAGGGUACCCAGCACCCCUCCAUGCCCCAUGUCCCCCAGCACUCCUAGCACGCCCAGCACUCCCCCCGCCCUCGAUGAUAAGGAGAAGCCCCUUGCGGUCCGGUCCGCCAACAUUGUCGCCGCUAGAGCCGUCGCCGAUGCCAUCAGAACAUCGCUCGGCCCGCGGGGCAUGGACAAGAUGAUCCGGAGCGGCAAGGGCGAGACCAUCAUCACGAACGACGGCAGCACGAUGCUCAAGAGCAUGUCGGUCAUGCACCCCACAGCCAAGAUGCUCGUUCAGCUAUCUAAGGCCCAGGACGUCGAGGCCGGUGACGGCACAACCUCGGUCGUGGUCAUCUGCGGCAGCCUGCUGGGUGCUGCCGACAGGUUACUACAGAAGGGAAUCCACCCAUCCGUCAUCUCGGAGUCGUUCCAGAGGGCUGCUGCCGCCGCUGUACAGGUGCUCCAUGACAUGUCACAACCCAUCGCCCUCACAGAUACCGCCGCCCUUCUACAGGCUGCCAACACCUCCCUCUCCUCCAAGAUCGUCUCGCAGUACUCGAACCUCCUGGGCCCCAUGGCCGUCAACGCCGUCACCAAGACCAUCGACAUCAAGACGGCUGACAACGUUGACCUCAAGAACAUCCGUGUUAUCAAGAAGGUCGGCGGCACGAUAGAGGACAGCGAGCUUGUCGACGGCCUGGUCUUGACGCAGCCUGUCAUCAAGAGCGCAGGAGGACCUGUACGGAUGGAGAAAGCCAGGAUUGGCAUGAUCCAGUUUCAGCUUAGCCCGCCCAAGCCUGAUAUGGAAAACACCAUUCAAGUCAACGAUUAUCGCCAGAUGGACAAGAUCGUCAAAGAGGAGCGCCAGUACCUCCUCAACAUGGUCAAGAAGAUCAAGAAAGCCAAGUGUAAUGUGCUCUUUAUCCAGAAGUCUAUCCUCCGCGACGCCGUCAACGAUCUCUCUCUGCACUUCCUGCAGCGCCUGGGUAUCCUGGCUGUCAAGGACAUUGAGCGUGAUGAGGUCGAGUUCAUCUGCAAGUCGACUGGCUGCAAGCCCAUUGCCGACAUCGAGAGCUUUACUGAGGACAAGCUCGGCUCGGCUGACCUCGUCGAGGAAGUACACAGCGCCGGCAGCCGCUAUGUCAAGGUGACGGGCACGAAGUCGACGGGCAAGACUGUUUCGGUCGUCGUGCGUGGUGCCAACAGCUUGAUCUUGGACGAGGCAGAGCGCUCUCUGCACGAUGCACUGUGCGUCGUACGCUGCUUGGUCAAGAAGAAGGCGCUGAUUGCUGGUGGUGGCGCGCCCGAGAUCGAGAUCGCUGCGCAGCUUAACAAGCAGGCCCGGGCAUUGUCAGGCACCGAGGCCAUCUGCUGGAAGGCCUUUGCAGACGCCAUGGAGGUCAUCCCAACCACGCUGGCUGAGAACGCCGGUCUUAACCCUAUCAAGGUGGUGACAGAGCUGCGCCACCGCCACGAGAUGGGCGAGAAGAAUGCCGGCGUCAGCAUCAAGAGCGGUGGUGUCAGCUCCGAUAUCACCAAGGAGAACGUCCUGCAGCCUUUGCUCGUCAGCACUAGCGCCAUUGAACUGGCGGCCGAAACGGUUAAGAUGAUCCUGCGUAUUGACGAUAUCGCCCUGAGCAGGUAA